AUGGCCCUUCGUCUUUCUGCAUCUCGGGUUUUUUCCCGCGCCAGCUCUUCUGCCAGAGCAAUGUCUUCGGUUUCUGACCGCGUCAAGACCCCUGAAAACUUCGAAGCCGUCCUUGACAAGUUCGCUGAGAUUCGUGCAUGUGCCGUAUUGCGAACUGCCACUUCCGAGGCCUGCCCCAAGGCUAUGCAAGCCGCUAUUGAUGGAGGAUUCAAGAUCGUUGAAUUCACUCUGACUACCCCAGACUGUCUUGCCCACCUUUCUGAUUUCCGUGCCAAGUACGACGGCGAUGUUAUGGUUGGAUGCGGAACUAUCAUGAACACUACAGAUGCUGAAAACGCCAUCGAUGCCGGAAGUGAAUUCAUUAUCACUCCUGUCAUGCUUCCGGAAGUCAUCGAAUGGUGUGCUGAGAGAAACAUUGUUUGCGUCCCAGGAUGUCAAACACCAACUGAACUUUUCAACGCAUACAGACACGGAGCUCCUCUUCAAAAGUUGUUUCCUGGGGUUGCUGGAGGACCAAUGUGGGUCAAGGCCGUCAGCUCUGCUCUUCCUAUGCUCAGUAUCAACCCCACAUCUGGAGUCGACCUUGACAACGCCGGGGAGUUCUUGAAAAACGGAGCUGCCUCAGUUGGACUUGUCGCCCCUCUCUUUGACCCAACGGCCAUUGCCAACGGAGACUUCGAUAUCAUUGCCCAGAACGCUGAGAAGGUCAUGGCCAAUGUCAAAGAGGCCGGACCAUACCUGCGCAAAAAGUAA